CCCUGCCGCGAAGCCCCCGGAAGACUCUUCCUCUCUAAGAGCCCCUCCACCCAUCUCUGAUCCUCAGGAUGGCUUGUCCUUUGUCCCUGGUCUCAGCUCAUCUUGAGACCCAAACUGAAAGAUGGAGGUGAUAAUUCCAGCUGAGUGCCGGAAAGAAAUCCUCCCGCCACGGCUUCCCCAUUUCUCUUUAAUUACCUCGCAAAUUGCAGAGUCCCCAGGCCUUGGCUGACCUUGACUCCUUGGCUCUCAACUGUGGAAAAAAUGCUGCCAGAGCUUCAGAGUUGCCUGAGUCUAGGAUUUUCCAAAGCUCCAUCUCGAUGUUAUCCCAUGAGAGAGGAGAAAUGAAUGAGAAAUUCCCCAAGCCCAUAAAGGUGACAAGAAGCCCACUCCGCGUGGCAAGGCGGGCAGCCCAGGUGUCUGGGCUUAUAAAAGGGACGGGCAGUGAGGGAGAAGUCAGACUGCUUCUCUCCUUCCUCUGGCUUCAUCUCCUCCAGCCCAGAAUCACCAUGACCUGUGGAUCGUCUUGCCUUAGCUCCCGUAGUGGAGUCUGCAAAUCCAGCUCCUGUGUGACCACUCAGAGAUUCAGCUGCACCUCAGCUUCUGGGCCCCGGCCGGGCCGCUGCUGCAUCACGGCUGCCCCCUACCGAGGCGUCUCCUGCUACCGCGGCCUCACUGGGGGCUUUGGCAGCCGCAGCGUCAGCGGAGGCUUCGGUGCUGGCUCCAGUGGCCGCAGCUUCGGGUACCGCUCGGGUGGCGUGGUCCGUCCCAGCCCGCCCUGCAUCACCACCGUGUCCAUCAACGAGAGCCUCCUCGCGCCCCUCAACCUGGAGAUCGACCACAAUGCCCAGUCCGUGAAGCAAGAGGAGAAGGAGCAGAUCAAAAUUCUCAACAGCAGGUUCGCCGCCUUCAUUGACAAGGUGCGCUUCCUGGAGCAGCAGAACAAGCUGCUGGAGACCAAGCUGCAGUUCUUCCAGAACCGCAAGUGCUGUGAGAGCAACCUGGAGCCACUGUUCAAUGGCUACAUUGAGACGCUGAGGCGGGAGGCCGAGCGCGUGGAGGCCGACCGUGGGAGGCUGGCCUCCGAACUCAACCACGUGCACGAGGUGCUGGAGGGCUACAAGAAGAAGUAUGAAGAGGAGGUGGCCCUGAGGACCACGGCGGAGAAUGAGUUUGUCAGAAUCAAGCAGGAGGUUAACAGUCUCAGCGUGCAGAAGGCAGAUCUGAAGGCCAACGCUCAGAGCCUGGCGGAGGAGGUGGGCUUCCUGAAGACCCUCUAUGAGGAGGAGAUCAGAGUCCUUCAAGCCCACAUCUCAGAUACUUUGGUCAUUGUCAAGAUGGACAACAGCCGGGACCUGAACAUGGACUCUAUCAUUGCUGAGAUCAAGGCUCACUAUGAUGACAUUGCCAGCCGUAGUCGGGCUGAGGCUGAGAGCUGGUACCGCACCAAGUAUGAGGAGAUCAAGGCCACAGUGGUCCAGCACGGGGAGACCCUGCGCCGCACCAAGGAGGAGAUCAAUGAGCUGAACCGCGUGAUCCAGAGGCUGACAGCCGAGAUCGAGAAUGCCAAGCGCCAGAACUCCAAGCUGGAGGCUGCUGUGUCCCAGGCUGAGCAGCAGGGCCAGGCGGCCCUCAAUGAUGCCCGCUACAAGCUGACUGAGCUGGAGGCGGCCCUGCAGAAGGCCAAGCAGGACAUGGCCUUCCUGCUCAAGGAGUACCAGGAGGUGAUGAGUUCCAAGCUGGCUCUGGACAUCGAGAUUGCCACCUACCGGCGCCUGCUGGAGGGCGAGGAGCAGAGGCUGUGUGAAGGCGUCGGCGCUGUGAACAUCAGUGUGAGCAGCUCCAGGGGUGGAGUCGUCUGUGAGGACCUCUCAGCUACUCGUACCUGUGGCAUCAGGUCCCGUGGAAUAGCAGCCUGUGGCAGCAGCUCUAAGAAGUGUUAAGUUGGCAGGACUUGAGGAUGCACCCAAGCCCCCAGUCCAUCUCUCCCUCCUGGAGGAUUCCAGCUGCCCAACCCUACCAUGCGCAGCCCAGGGCAUGGGUGCAACUGCUGGUUCUCCCCCUACCCAUCUUUCCUACUGUCCACUUUUUAUUUACUGAUGUGUGGGAAUCCCCCCUCUUUGUGGCCUGCCUCCCUCAGGCUGAGAAAGGCUGCUGGGACGAGUGACCCAUGGAUGUAUUCUGUUUGAGGAUUCUGGGCUGCCUGAGCCCAUGAAGAGGACAGCCCCUCAGCCCCCGUUCCCCGCCCCCUACUUCCUUCCCUUUGCAUUCUUAUUCUUCCUUUCCUUUCCUAAAGCUUCGUUCCCUCCUUGCUACCCAUGCUUAAA